AUGCGCCGCUGCCCCAGCCCCGCCCCGCCGAUGGCUGCUGCUGGUGGGCUGCUGGCCCGGGCACGGCGGAAGGAAGCGGUGCGGCUCCGAAAGCGGCGGUCGGUGCUGUACAGCGACCCCGGCGCAGGCGCCGGGCAGGCAGGAGCAGGCGCUGCGGGCGGGCCGGCGCGGCUGCUGGUUCUCGCGGUGGCGCUGCGGGCGCUCAACUGCUUCCUUGUGCAGACCAGCUUCGUUCCGGACGAGUACUGGCAGGCGCUGGAGGUGGCGCAUCGCGUGGUCUUCAAUUAUGGCCACCUCACUUGGGAAUGGGCACAUGGCUUAAGGAGCUACUCGUACCCACUUAUCUUUGCAGGCAUCUACAAAGCUUUGCAGCUGCUGGCUCUGGAUGAUGUUCAGCUGCUGAUCUGGGUCCCUAGACUUGCACAGGCAGUGCUGGCAGCUUUUGCUGACGUGAAGCUUUACUCACUAGUGCGACACCUCGAAAAUGCAGAAACAGCCAAGUGGGUGUACUUCUGCCAGCUGUGUUCCUGGUUUACAUGGUAUUCCUGUACCAGAACUCUGACAAACACCAUGGAAACUCUUCUAACUAUUUUUGCACUUUCCUACUAUCCAAUAAGAGGUUCAAAGAUGGGGAGCAGCUGCAAAUAUUUAGCUUUGAUAGCACUUGCAAUUAUUAUUCGUCCCACUGCUGUUAUCCUGUGGAUACCUUUGGUCUUCAGUCAUUUUUUUCAAGAACAGAGGAAAGCAGACUUUAUCCUACACAGCUGCAUUCCAGUAGGAUUGGUCACAAUAGGAACUUCUUUAAUAAUUGACCGUGUGUUUUUUGGUGAGUGGGUACUGGUUCAGCUGAACUUCUUGAAAUUCAACGUGCUGCAAAAUUUUGGAACGUUUUAUGGAUCUCAUCCUUGGCACUGGUACUUCACUCAGGGACUACCAGUCAUCUUGGGUACCCAUCUGCCUUUUUUUAUUCAUGGCUGUGUGCUGGCACCAAAAAGGUAUCGCAUCUUUCUAAUGGCAGUGAUAUGGACAGUGUUGGUGUACAGCACGCUGAGCCACAAAGAAUUCAGGUUCAUCUACCCAGUACUGCCAUUUUGCAUAUUUUUUUGUGGAUAUUCCUUGAAACACUUGAAAGCAUGGAAGAAAUCUGCAGCAAGUUUCCUGCUUUUAUCAAACUUAGUCCCAGCCCUGUACACAGGCUUGAUUCACCAGCGAGGCGCUCUUGAUGUUAUGAGCCACAUACAGCAACUUUGUAAUAACUCUUACCAGUCCCAAGCUUUUGUCUUCUUCAUGAUGCCGUGCCACUCUACUCCAUUUUACAGUCAUGUUCACUGUCCUCUAAAAAUGAGAUUCCUUCAGUGUCCUCCAGACCUAACUGGAAAUGAGAGCUAUAUUGAUGAAGCAGAUGUGUUUUACUCUGAUCCACUUGGUUGGCUUAAUAAGGAGUUUUACAAUGAUACGUUAUUGCCCAGUCACUUGAUCUUCUUCAGUGUGCUAGAACAGGAAAUAUCAUCAUUUCUAGCUUUAAGGGGCUAUGAGAAAACAGACACUGUCUUUCACACUCACAUUCCUCAAGGACGAACUGGAAGCCAUAUCUACAUUUACAGGAAGAACACUGAAGUGAAUCACACCUGAAGAUCUGUUUCUAGACUUAAGACCAAAUGAGAUCAGUUUUGCAUAGCAGUACUAUGCUUAGAAGAUGUACUUCAGAACGGAGAGCGUAGUGAGUCUGAAACCGGGUAAGUCAAAUGGGGAAGUCUGAUCAGGCAGCCAUUGCCUGUCUGGAAACACAUAAACGUGUUCUUGAAGGCAACUACAGUAGUAGUGUGGCAGGGUGAGGCUAGUGACCUACGUUAUAACACUGGAAAACAUUAGGAAGACCAAAGUUACCAUAUGACUAUUUAAGCAAUAAAAAAAAUCAGACAAGACUGGACCAUUUUUAUAGCACUGUACAGCUAUGCUAGGUUGUUUUAUAAAUAAACACUUCUACCCACAA